GCACAUUCCUAACCUUUCACCCAUCCUUCUUCCACUAUAAAUGCCUCAUCCUCCCUCACUAUAUCUCACCAUACUCACAUUUCCUUUGAUCAUUGUCAUACAAAAAAUGAAGCCAUAUCUUGCAACCCUUUUGCUGAUCUGCCUUGUUCUUACUUCCUCUUUCUUUGAGCUCACGAUGGCCGGUUCAGCGUUCUGUGACUCCAAGUGUGGAGAGAGGUGCGCAAAAGCAAGUGUGAAAGAUCGGUGCUUGAAGUACUGUGGAAUUUGCUGUGAGAAGUGCAAAUGCGUGCCAUCUGGAACAUAUGGGAACAAGCACGAGUGCCCUUGUUACAGGGACAUGAAGAACUCCAAGGGCAAGCCCAAGUGCCCUUGAACGACUUCACUACUGGCCUUGAGUAUAUAUAUUUAUGAGGAGCUAUGAAUAUUUAGUACAUAUAUAGUUAAUUAAUAAUUAAUUGGAUGGUUGUGUAGAGAUUAGUUGAUACAGGUCGGAACUGUUGUAAGUACGCACUUCCUUUUGGUUAUGGAAGUCGAUGGUUUGUUCUCAUGAUCUCUAUAUAUCUCUCUGGUACUGGCAUGGAAUAUUGGAUCUUAUAUCUACUGUACUACUGUUUUUCGAUCAGAAUAUUUCAAUAAAUUAGAUAUAUAAGUUA